AUGAGUUCAACUAAGGAAGACCAUGGUAAAACAACACAAAUGGCCACAGAUACUCAGGAGUUAAUGAGGAGAAGCAUCAAGCGAUCAAAAAAUGGGGAGGAAUUUUCCCCAGAUUCGUCUAAUAGAGGAGCUAGCUUGGGAAAUAUCCAGGCGCGGAUACCCUCGGGGAAACCGAAGUCGUUCGCGGAGGCGCUCAGAUCUGAGGUACUCUCGAUGGGGGAAGAUGAUACCUGGAAUGAGGACACCAUGGAUGAACCUUGUGAGCCUCUUGAUCCCGAACAAGGAGUCAUCAACGAUUUGGGCUUUCAAACUAUCUACGGAGAAGAUGGCUCUGUCCGAUUUCGUUGUACUAAGGAAGCCAAGCAAAGGUUGAGGAGCCCCUGGAAGAAUGCAAUCAUUGUCAAGCUCUUGGGAAAGAAAGUGGGUGUCAUGUAUAUGAAGACAAAACUUGAGAGUCUAUGGUCGAAGCUAGGCUCUAUUGUUGUAGCUGAUUUGGGAAACGAUUUUUUCUCAGUCAAGUUCUCGAGUGUGGAGGAUCUGAAUCUAGCCUUAACAGGAGGCCCAUGGGUCCUCAUGGGUCACUACCUUGCCAUAAGAAGAUGGGAGCCGUUUUUCAACCCUUACAAAGCAAAUAUCCAUACAGUUGCUGCUUGGAUUCGUCUACCAGGUAUCCCGUUAGAGUAUUGUGUGCUAUCAGUUUUGAAAAUGAUAGGUAGUUCAAUUGGUAAAGUGUUAAAGAUUGAUAAGACUACAUCCUCUGGUGAUAGGGAAAAUUUGCUAGAAUUUGUGUUGAAUUAG